AUCCCCAACCCUCCUCACACAUCAGUCACGGGAUCCCCUGCUCUGCUCGACUGCUCCAUGCUGCCCGCCCUCCAAUCCGCGCCGCCGCUGCCAAACUGCGCCGCCCGCGUGCUCUGGCUCCGGCAGACGGCAGUCCGGCCCUCCUCUCCGGCUCUCCGCUAGGCCUAGGCGCUAGCCUGCUGCGGACCUGCGCCCCGCAGGGCUGCCUGCCUACAGCCGCGGAGCCGCCCCGCGCCGCGCUUCCGCCCCCUCGGCCGCGGCCAGGCGGCCAGACCGCCAGGCGCCAGGCGCCAGACGGCCAGAGGCGCCCCGAUCCGUGCAGCCGGGCAGCCGGCGAGCCCCUGAGCGAGCAGCCCCGACCCGGCGACCCCUGAAGCGGCAAGGCCUGAGCCACCGACCACUGCGGUACUGAUUUGUUCUUCAAAUUGACAGGGAUACAAUGGAGAUAAGAUCUGAUGAGAGAUUUGCAGUUCUGAGGAGCAUUGGGGAGGAGUGCAUUUAUGAGGAUGGGCUAUGCCUAUUGCUAAAGAAGAAGCGUGAUCCCAUCUGUUAUGUUUGGUUUGAGCCAUCCCCUGUGAUGGACAUAGAGCAGGGUAUAUUGAAGACAAUAUAUGUCAACAAAAUGGUGACAGCUGGUUGUGUGGUUAAAAUACUGAUGGCAGAUUGGUUUCUGCAGCGGCACCCUAAGAUCGGUAGUAACCUAAAUAAAAUACGGACCAUUGGCUCCUACAAUAUCGCCAUGUGGAAAGCAGCUGGCAUGUACGUUGACAAAGUAGAUAUUAAAUGGUUGUCAGAUGAACUGAAUCAUCACGCACUUGAUUACUGGCCACUUGCAAUGGAUGUCUCAAGAAAAUACACCGUGAAAAGAAUGGCAAGUUAUUCGUCUUAUAUGCCCCCCUAUGGGCCUGGAAGGCUGCCUGCUGCAGAGAUAAUUCACCCUUGUAUGCAAGUUGCUGCUAUACUAUGCCAGAAGGCAGAUGUAUGGCUAUUCAGCAAGGAUCAGCGAGAAAUCAUCAUGCUAGCUAAAGAUUACUGUGAUGAUAUAUACAAGGGGAAUAAACCAACUAUUUUGCUGCACCGUGUGCUACCUAAUUUACUAGAAGAUCCUGACUUCGAGGACAAGAGAGAUCCAGGACGGACUAUCUUCAUGUUAGAUGAGGAGGAUGAUGUAAAUGAAAAGAUAAAUAGUGCUUUCUGUCCUCCGAGAAUAGCACUAUACAACCCAUGUUUGGAGUACAUAAAGUCUCUUGUGUUCCCAUGGUUUGGAAAAUUGGAGGUUGUUCGGAAGGAAGGGAAUAACAAGAUAUUUUCAAGCAUGGAGGAACUUAUUGUUGGUUACAAAAGUGGAGAUCUUGAUUCUGUUGAUGUUAAGUUGGCUCUCCAGAAAGCAAUAAACGACAUAUUAGAGCUUGUCGGUGAGUUUUUCCGUAGCAACGUUGAAGCUCAAGCUCUAAUUACUGCCCGCAAGCUGCAGGAUCAAAUUACUGCAGACAUGCAGAAAAUUAUGAUGCAGAACAAAGAGUUGGCAUAUCUUUGAUACUACUGCUGGAGGAGGAUGAGUAGUAUAUUGCCAGACGCAAUAAAUAUAGAUCAAUUAGACUAGAGCAUAUUGAAUGAACUACGGGGUAUUUUACUGUCCCGAAAAUAUGAUAUAUAGUUUUAAAUAUGUAAGUUAUUUGAUAUUAUUAUGCUAAAUAAACUCACUUGAGACGAGUCAGUUAAGAGAGACUUGACUGGAAUAUCUCUAAGGAUUUAGGUGAGGAUAGAAGCGUUUGAAGGCUAGCAAUUACUGUGUCAGAACCGUGAUUUUGUUUCUUCUGCUGUUUGCUUCUAACCUUUUCUUUUGUUUUGA